AUGCCAACGACAGAGGAGACUAACGAAGACUCCUACAACAAUUUGGAGAAGCAGCAAACUUCUUCCUCAUCGUUUGAUGCGCCAUCGGUACAAGAGUAUACAGGAUUUGGAGCUCAAGAUGUUCACCAAUUGGCAAAAACAUUGACAAAUGAGGAUACCACUUCAGCUGCAAGUUUGAAAAGGUACCUCUCACACAUGUCUCAGGUUCCUGGUGUGAACCCUGCGGAAGAGGUUGAAGAUGAAAGAUUAGAUCCAAAUUCCGACAAAUUCGAAUCCAAGUUCUGGGUAAAGAAUAUGAAAAAGUUGAUAGAGACACAUCCUGACUACUACAAGCCUUCAAAAUUGGGUGUUGGUUACAGAAACUUGAGAGCUUAUGGUACCGCCAAUGAUACCGAUUAUCAACCAACUGUGACAAAUGCGCUUUGGAAGUACGCUACAGAGGCGCUAGGUCAUUUGAGGAAAGAAGACGAGUCGAAAAUGUUCAACAUACUUAAGCAUAUGGAUGCUAUUAUGAGACCUGGUGAGCUUACUGUUGUGUUGGGUAGACCAGGUGCUGGUUGUUCCACCUUGUUGAAGACAAUUGCUGUCAACACAUAUGGUUUUCACAUUGGCAAAGAGUCAAAGAUCACCUACGAUGGAUUGACACCAAAAGAGAUUGCCAAACACUACCGAGGCGAUGUCAUCUACUCUGCUGAAACUGAUGUCCACUUCCCUCACUUGUCGGUUGGUGAUACUUUACAGUUUGCAGCCAGAAUGAGAACUCCACAAAACAGAGGCGAGAAUGUGGAUAGAGAAAAAUAUGCCGAGCACAUGGCUGAUGUGUACAUGGCCACCUAUGGUUUGUUACACACAAAGAAUACUAAUGUUGGUAAUGACUUUGUCAGAGGUGUUUCAGGUGGUGAAAGAAAAAGAGUGUCAAUUGCAGAAGCAUCAUUGAAUGGAGCUAAUAUCCAAUGUUGGGAUAAUGCCACCAGAGGUUUGGAUUCGGCUACCGCAUUGGAGUUUAUCAGAGCAUUAAAGACGUCAGCAGCAGUCUUGGACACCACUCCGUUGAUUGCCAUCUACCAAUGUUCACAAGAUGCUUACGACUUGUUUGACAAGGUUGUUGUAUUGUACGAAGGGUAUCAAAUCUUCUUUGGUCGCGCUGACAAAGCGAAGGAAUUUUUCGUCAACAUGGGGUGGGAUUGUCCUCAAAGACAAACCACUGCCGAUUUCUUGACAUCAUUAGCGAAUCCGGCAGAGAGGAAAGCUCGCCCAGGGUUUGAAGAUCAAGUUCCUCGUACAGCUGAAGAGUUUGAAGCACGCUGGAAGAACUCACCUGAGUAUGCUGCUUUGAUAGAAGAAAUUGACGAAUAUUUUGCUGAAUGUGAAACACACAAUGUCAAACAAAUAUACCAUGAGUCUCACACAGCAAGACAAUCGGACCACAUUCGCCCUGCUUCUCCAUAUACAGUGUCAUUUGGGUUGCAAGUGAAGUAUUUGAUGUACAGAAACUGGUUGAGAACCAAAGGUGAUCCGUCUAUCACGUUAUUCUCCAUUUUUGGACAAUUGGUAAUGGGUCUUAUCCUAUCAUCAAUCUUUUACAACAUGCUGCCAGAUACAGGAUCGUUCUACUUUCGUGGGGCAGCGUUGUUCUUGGCUGUGUUGUUUAACGCGUUUUCGUCUCUUUUGGAGAUUUUGUCACUUUUUGACGCAAGACCGAUUGUUGAGAAGCAUAAGAAGUAUGCACUUUACCGACCAUCUGCAGACGCUUUGGCCAGUAUUAUAACCGAGUUGCCAACCAAGCUUAUGAUGUCCAUGUCAUUCAAUUUUGUGUUCUACUUUAUGGUUAACUUCAGAAGAAAUCCUGGCAGGUUCUUUUUCUAUUGGCUCAUGUGCGGGUGGUGUACGUUGGUUAUGUCACACAUGUUUAGAUCUAUUGGAGCUGUGUCCAACUCGAUUGCGGAGGCAUUGACUCCAGCCACGGUGAUAUUGUUGGCAAUGACAAUCUUUACCGGUUUUGUUAUUCCUACGCCAAGUAUGUUGGGAUGGUCGAGAUGGAUCAAUUACAUCAACCCUGUUGGAUACGUGUUUGAGUCAUUGAUGUUGAACGAGUUCCAUGGUCGAGAGUUUUCGUGUUCACAAUUUGUGCCUUCUGGACCUGAUUAUCAAAACAUUGGACAGAACAAUAGAGUGUGUUCCGCAGUAGGGUCUAGACCAGGGAGUAACGUGGUCAAUGGUACAGACUAUCUUGACUUGGCAUAUCGGUAUUACAACGCACACAAGUGGAGAAACCUAGGCAUCACUAUUGGAUUCGCGGUGUUUUUCUUGUUUGUUUACAUUGCCCUCACGGAAUUCAACAAAGGAGCUAUGCAAAAAGGUGAAAUUGUGUUGUUUUUGAGGGGAUCUUUGAAGAAGCGGAAACAAAAGAGGAUGGAAGAGGCUCAUGAUUCUGAGUUUGGUGGAAUGCCAAACGAAAAAGUGUCACGUGAAGCCGAAGGAGAAGCAGCCAGAUUCGAAAAGACCGGUAACGCAGAUGAAGGGUCCGUAGGAUCAGCUGAGAUACCAAGCAAUAGGGAGAUUUUCUUUUGGAAGGAUUUGACUUACCAGGUUAAGAUUAAGAGUGAGGAUAGGGUCAUCUUGGAUCAUGUUGACGGAUGGGUCAAGCCUGGGCAGAUUACGGCAUUGAUGGGAGCAUCUGGUGCUGGUAAGACCACAUUGUUGAACUGUUUGUCGGAACGAGUUACUACAGGUGUGAUUACGGAUGGUACAAGAUUGGUUAAUGGACAUUCUCUCGACUCGUCAUUCCAAAGAUCUAUUGGAUAUGUCCAACAGCAAGAUUUGCAUUUGCCGACAUCGACCGUUAGGGAAGCAUUACAGUUUUCAGCAUACUUGAGACAAUCGAACAAGAUUUCCAAGAAGGAGAAGGAUGAAUAUGUUGACUACAUUAUUGACUUAUUGGAAAUGACGAGUUAUGGUGAUGCUUUGGUUGGUGUUGCCGGAGAAGGAUUGAAUGUUGAACAAAGAAAGCGUUUAACCAUUGGUGUUGAGUUGGUUGCCAAGCCCAAGUUGUUGUUGUUCCUUGAUGAGCCUACUUCAGGAUUGGACUCGCAAACAGCAUGGUCGAUUUGUAAAUUGAUGAGAAAGUUGGCAGACCAUGGACAAGCUAUUUUGUGUACUAUCCAUCAACCUUCGGCAUUAUUGUUGCAGGAAUUUGAUCGUUUAUUGUUCUUGCAGAGAGGUGGGCAAACAGUUUACUUUGGAGACUUGGGCAAGGAUUUCAAAACUUUGAUCAACUAUUUCGAAAAGAAUGGUGCUGAUCCUUGUCCACCAGAGGCGAACCCAGCUGAAUGGAUGUUGCAAGUUGUUGGAGCUGCACCAGGUUCCCAUGCAAAGCACAAUUAUUUUGAAGUAUGGAGAAACUCACAGGAGUACCAAGACGUGAGAAAAGAGAUUGCCACUAUGGAAACCGAAUUGUCUAAGUUACCAAGAGAUGAGGACCCGGAAGCUAAAUAUACUUAUGCUGCACCACUUUGGAAACAAUACCUAAUUGUUACAUGGAGAGUUAUUGUGCAAGAUUGGCGAACACCAAGAUAUAUAUACUCCAAAGCCUUUUUGGUCAUUUCAUCAUCAAUUUUCAACGGAUUUUCAUUUUUUAAAGCCAAUAGGACACAACAAGGAUUACAAAAUCAAAUGUUUUCAGUGUUUAUGUUCUUCAUCCCAUUCAACACCAUGGUUGAACAAUUGCUUCCUCAGUAUGUGAAACAAAGAGAUGUUUAUGAAGUUCGAGAGGCACCUUCCAGAACGUUUAGUUGGUUUGCAUUCAUCACCUCCCAACUUACUGCCGAAAUGCCAUACCAGAUUUUAGUGGGAACAAUUGCAUUCUUUUGCUGGUACUACCCUCUUGGAUUAUAUGCAAAUGCUGAACCUACCGAUGCUGUUGAUCAAAGGGGUGUUCUUAUGUGGCUUUUCAUCAACUGUUUUCAUGUAUACGCCAGCACGAUGGGUCUAUUAUGUGUUUCCUUUAUGGAACUUGCUGAUAAUGCGGCUAAUCUUGUGAACCUUUUGUUUACAAUGUGUUUAGCAUUUUGUGGUGUGUUGGUAACAGGAGAUGACAUGCCUCGAUUCUGGAUUUUCAUGUAUCGCUGUAACCCAUUCACAUAUUUGGUGCAAGGUAUGUUGGCUACAGGCUUGGCAAAUACGUCGGUGCAUUGUAGCAAGACGGAACUAUUAACCAUUGAGCCACCUAGUGGACAGUCGUGCUCGUCAUACAUGGAAUCGUAUUUACAAAUGGCUGGUGGGUACAUUGAUGAGUCCGAUGGAUGUCGUUUUUGUCAAAUGAAGUAUACCAACACAUUCUUGGACUCGAUCAAUGCCCGAUACAGUGAAAGGUGGAGGAAUUUUGGGCUUGUGAUUUGUUUCAUUGCCGCUAACAUUGUGCUUACUGCUGCAUUGUAUUGGUUAGCAAGAGUUCCAAAGGGAAAUAGAGAAAAGGGGAAGAAGAAAGAGGAGAAGUAA